CGACAACGAAGACGAUCCAAUAGUUCAAACGACAUACUGGCGCACGUAAGCGUUAAAGCCGUGAGAUCUCCUAGGAGAGAUGCCUCAUAUAAUAAUAUACCACGUCCUCCCAGGCUAGCUUACGAUACUUCCUCACAAGCUUUCCCUACUAUAAUGCCAAGGACACCUCCUCCAUCUCGACAUGUGUUUAAUAGGUCUGACUAUGGUCCUCCACAAAGUCACUCGCAAUAUAGAAACGAGAUAAAUACUACAUAUAGAGGUGGUAGUUCUCCUUCGAGAGGAUCAAGAACUACUAGCUUUGGAAGUAAAACAAGUGGUAGUAGUCGUAUGAGUAUAGGUAGUCAGCAGGUACCUUCGUCUUUGUCAACUUUCUAUAACGAACGUAUAGAAAAGACGACAAGUUUUGAUGAUGAGGAUAGUGCGGGCGAGGAGACAAUGUCUUGUAAUUCACCAAUGUUCGAUGAUUAUGAUAAUGCUUUUGCUAUCGAUUCAAAUCUUGUGCAAGAAGUUUACUUAUUACGCAAGGAAAUUGAUGCAGUUAAAAAUAGUCUGGCAGGUUUACAAAAAAAUCGCGUGGAUACAUUGAACGAGAAAAAACAACUCGAACAACAAUAUCAGGAAGCCAAAAGUGAAGUUACAAGAACUUUAGAAACCAGUUUAAAUGAUUCAUUUUCGUGUAAUGAAUUAUUAAAUACAGAUGUCCAAAAACUUUCUUUAGAAUUAUCGGCCGGUAAUUCGGACACUGUUUCGGAGGAUAAUAAUAAUGAUUUAUCCCCAGAGUAUGAAAAUAUUAUGAAUGACUGUGUACAUUUGGCAAAAGAAUUAGAAUUAUCUCAAUCACAACUUGAAAAAAGUAAAUGUGAAUUUCGUGAUCUUUUAACCGUUAAAGAAAAAAUUGACAUUAGUUUUGAAGCUCAAGAACGUGAAUAUUGUGAACGAAUACGACAGUUUGAGGCAGUUAUAAGUGGUCAAUCUGUUAUGAUUGAUCAAAUGGAAACAUUGUUGAGAGAUGCUGAAGGAAAAAUAGAAUA